UUUAUCUCUGUUCAACAAAAAAUAGCGAUUUUUAUCUAUAAAAAAUGGAGAAAAAUGAAGAAAACUCAUUAAUAACAUGAUAUUUGAUUAAGUAUCGACAGUGGAGGGGGGACCCCUGAUUCCUGCAAUGUGUUCACUCAAAGAAUAAUCGAUAUAAAUUGAUUAUCGUACCGCGAAGUAUCGACAUUGACAAUAAUGGAGGCUGUACCGACAUGACUGACAUUCCAAUCAUUUUUGUGCCGGUAGUUCCAUUGUUUUGGUUCUAAAAAUAUACUUAUGUUGUUUAAAGUCUGGUGUUAACCCCCCAAAACGACUUCCUGGGGCUGUUCGACAUAUAACUGACUCUUGAGUCCUCGAAUCGAUCGUCCAAGGGGUUUUCAGAGGCUCUAUUUUCAUCAGAUAUGAAUCGUUUACCCAUGCACAAUGCCCUGAAACACCUGGGGUGGCUCGAGGGUACGUGGAGAACGGAAUUUCCUGGGGAGGGAAAAUACCCAACGAUGAAUGGGUUCAGGUACGAGGAGGAGAUAAAGUUCGUUUCCAUUGGACAGCCCAUGUUCAAUUAUGAAAGUCAGACAUGGCAUCCGGAGAAGAAGAACCCCAUGCACAGGGAGGUGGGCUUUCUCAGGGUCAUCCCCGACAGCAACAGAAUUAAAUUGAUACUGGCUCAUAAUUUUGGGGUGACGAGCAUUGAGGAGGGGGAGGUCGAUGGGAAGAAGGUGGUUCUUGAGAGCACUGGGCUGCAGAGGAUGUCUGAGGGGACUAAAGAUCCUGCUAUUGUCAAGUUGAGGAGGGAAUGGAGUGUUGAGGGAGAUACUCUGGAGCAAACCGUCUACAUGUCCACAACAACAACUCCAGAUUUGACUGAACAUCUUCGAGCUAAAUACGUGAGAGUGAAUCCUUAAGUUUCCUGAGCAAACUGUGAUUACGUAAAAUAUUAUUACUUUGCUGCUUUAUAUUUUCAUAUUAAAUAGUUGGCUAAACGAUAUACAAUGAAAUAAAGAUGAACUAUAAUUAUAGUAAGUACAAAUAAAUAAUUAAUCAAUAUACAAUUAAUUAAUCAUUAACGUAAUAAACCACUAUUGAAGAACUUUUAA